AGGAUGUCGUUCUCGAACAAUUGACCAACAUCAAUAUUGUGAGUUUUGAUCAGUUUUCGAGGCCUGACCAGGAGGAGGAGGAGGGAGAAGAAGAAGAAGCUUCCCGUUACCGUGUCUUGCCUGCUUCAUCCCAUCGCUGCACACGGGCAUACCAUGUGGAAAGGCGCUUACAUUGCGACCGUCUUUGCGGCAUUGAUGCUGGAAUUCUCCCAUGCUGGAGUCGUCGAGAAUCAUCAGAUGCCCUUGACGAAGAAACCCUCACAAGAGCGAGGAGAUUCGAUCUGCCGCCAUGUGCAGGAGGCGAGCGCUGAGAUGCAGAGGGAAGAGCAGCAGGGGACUCUGAGGAGGUCGAAGUCCACGUUCUGGAUAGAGGGGUACAAGGCAGGGUGCAUGCAGUUCCUGCAGAGCUACAUCCCCGACCACAGGGACGGGAAGCCUCUUGUCGUCGGUAUCGCAGGAGGAAGCGGAAGCGGGAAGACGACGAUCAUGGACGUGAUAGUGGAGCACCUGGGAAAGGAAAACGUUGCUGUGUUGUCCCACGACAACUACUAUCGCCACCGCCCCCACCUUACUGUAGAAGAACGCGACAACAUCAAUUUCGAUCAUCCUGACAGUCUGGAAACGGAGCUGAUGGUACAACACUUGCAGGAGCUCAUCAACGGUACUGCCGUCCGCGCUCCUGUCUACGACUUUGCUACGCACCUCCGUAAAACGAACGAGACGCUCCUGAUAGAACCUCGGCCCAUCAUCCUGGUUGAAGGAAUUCUUAUCCUCUACGAACAAGUCCUUCGGAAUCAUAUGAACUUGAAAGUCUAUGUUGACGUCGAGGCUGAUCGUCGAAUCAUCCGUCGCAUUGAUCGUGACAUGGUUGAGAGAGGGAGAUGCUUCCACUCGAUCGUGCAUCAGUAUCUUGAUACUGUCAAGCCCAUGCAUGAUGCUUUUGUCGAGCCUUCAAAACAAUUUGCCGACGUCAUCAUCCCCUUUGGCGGAAGAAAUAUCGCUGCCAUCCAAGUUCUCCUCGAACGUCUUAAGGCGCACAUGCGGAAUAAUUUUGCCUACGUACAGGCCACCAAUCCAGAUGCGCAGAGUGUCGGGGGUGAGGGCGACGGAGGAAGAGAAACUAACUUAACUAAGCCAACCCCAGGGAGCGACUCGCCCAUCCGUGCCAUGUCGCCGGUGUUGGAAGGCACUCCCAUCUACCAUAGCCGCCGGACCCCUUCAACUCUCCGUCUCCCUCAUGAGAAGUCAUUCCAUCAUGAGUUUCCGCCAGAGGAUGGAUAUUCUCUCUAG